AUGAACUGGAAAGCGAGUGCUCUACGUAUUGGCUCAAAUGCCCGGGUUAUUCACAGAUCGGGGAUUUCUUCCCCUCCUCCCAUUUCCGGAUACCGACUGAUCUCCCCCUUUGAUCAAAAAACAGCCUGGUCGCGUCGAUGCUCAUCACAAUGGACAUCCAACCCGAGAGUCUUCCCAGUCUUUGACCUCGGGCUACUGGAUUCAUCUCUGAAAAUUGAGGAAGAGCUUGCGAUGGGAUAUGAACCGAACGAGACAUACACGUACCCAGUUGAGGAUGAAGAAAUCCUGAAUGACAGGUACCAAAUUAUGCACAAAAUCGGUUAUGGGCCCACGGCAACUGUUUGGUAUGCUGUUGAUUUAAUGGAGCCCAGAAUGGUUGUUUUGAAGAUCUAUGUGGUGGACCAUAUGCUCAAGACUUAUGGGCGGGCCCACCCACCAAAAUUAUACCAGCAAAGCGAGUGUCCUCUUCACGAAGUUAGCGAUCGUUUUUCCAUCAAGGGUCCUCGUGGUCCUCAUAUUUGUGUUGUUCACGAGGCACCCUCGCUAGACCCAGGCCAGAUGCAUUCAGGUGACAAGAUGGAUCUUGAGUCGAUGAGGUCUACAAUGAAACAAAUGCUGAUUAUGAUGGAUUUCUUACACACGGAUUGUUAUCUGACUGCCCGCAUAAUGCCAAACAAAUCAUUCAACGUUGAUUCCGGCGACAGACGAGUUGCGGGACCCAGCAAUGACGAGAUUAUAACCCCAAUGAUACUCCCGGGUGACGGCGUUCCCCUCCGUUUGGACUUCCCAGACGAUGAUAUGUCCAAUAUCGAGGAAAAACAUUCCAGGCCUCCUGAACAGGUCCUGAAAUCGAAAUCGGAUCACAGGGCAGACAUUUGGGCAAUUGCUGUAGUUGCAUGGAAUUACACCAGUUCCCAAGGGCUCAUUGACGGACGAAACCCAGACGGAGCCUUUGAUGACCGGGUCCACAUCGCAGAGCUCGUUGCUCUACUUGGCCCUCCUCUACCAGAGUUCCGCGAGAAGACACGACUAGGCUCCAUGUUCUGGGAUGAAAAAGGGAAUUGGACGGGCCAAGCUCUCAUACCAGACCGAAGCUUAGAGAGCCUGGCAGCUAGGAAUGUUGACGGCGAGGAUGUGGAAGGCUUCGUGAAGUGGAUGCGAAAAGCGCUACAAUGGGAUCCUGAAAAUCGGCCAACGGCUCUGGGCCUCUUGCGUCAUGGGUGGAUGUCCCAGAAAACGAAGCCUGUGGAGGAAGAGAGUAUGGAUGUAUCCGACGAGAGCACCCAAGUCUAG